UAAAAAAAUUAUUUAUUACUGAUUGUAUGAUUGUCUAUGUUUUGUCAUGGGGCGACACCUCACCGCAAAACUGUUGGUGACGGUUUACUACUGCACAAUAUUAAUUUUACCAUUAAUUAUACAACAAUUUGAUAAGGUCAAUGCUGGUAUUUUGGAUCCAUUUGAAUGGGCCCGUUCAGAUCGUAUUGAAGUCAAUAUUCCAUGGUUACCUUUUGAAAAUGAAACUCGAUGCUACGGGGACCUAGGAUGUUUAAAUAUUACCCGCAGUUGGUAUCAUAUCAUCUAUCGUCCAUUUAAUAUGUUUCCAUUACCACGUGAAGUUAUUAAUACAAAAUUUUUCCUGUAUACAAGACAGAAUCCAUUGGAUGGACAAUUAAUUAAAGCAACUGAAGAUAGUAUUGAUAAAUCAAAUUUUGAUGGUUCGAAGCUAUCUAAAUUUAUUAUACAUGGUUUUAUCGAUACAUCUUUAUCGAGCUGGAUUGGAGAAAUGCGAACUGAAUUGCUAAAAGCGGAUGAUGUUAAUGUAAUCGUUGUCGAUUGGGCUGGAGGAAGUUUACCAUUAUACACACAAGCAACCGCAAAUACAAGGGUAGUUGGGAUGGAAAUUGCACAUUUAAUUAAGUUUUUACAGAAAAAAUAUGGAUUAAUGCCAAAAAGUGUACAUUUAAUUGGGCAUUCAUUGGGUGCACAUACAUCUGGAUACGCUGGAAGUUUGAUAAAAGGUUUAGGGCGAAUUACUGGUUUGGAUCCAGCCGAACCUUAUUUUCAGGGAAUGCCAUCCCAUGUUCGAUUAGAUCCAAGUGACGCUGAUUUCGUUGAUGUUAUUCACACAGAUGGAAAGAAUUUAUUUAUUUUAGGUGGUAAUUUCAUUCCUGGUUAUGGAAUGUCACAGCCAUGUGGUCAUGUAGACUUCUAUCCAAAUAAUGGUAAAGAACAGCCUGGAUGUGAUAUUUCUCAAGCACCAAUGGUUCCUCUUACAUUAAUAAAAGAUGGUCUCGAAGAAGCUUCUCGUGUUCUAAUCGCUUGUAAUCAUAUUCGCGCAAUCAAACUAUUCACAGAUAGUAUAAAUAGUCAGUGCCCAUAUAUUGGACAUCAAUGUCCGAAUUACAUGCAUUUCAUAGCAGGUAAAUGCUUCAGCUGUCGUUCGGGAGGAUGUGCAAUUAUGGGUUAUCAUGCAGAUACAUCACUAGGUCGAGGCUUAGAAAGUGAUGAAAAUGAGGUAACACCUCCACGCGAACCUAUGGUCGGUGUUAAAUAUUAUUUAAUGACAGGUCGUGAAUUUCCAUUUUGUCGACGUCAUUAUCGGAUUAGUAUUCAAUUGGCUCGACCAUCAACAGCUGAAAAUUGGGUACAAGGUUCAUUAAAAGUGAAUUUAUAUGGUGAUGCAGGAAUUAUACAUGAUUUAGAUUUAACCAAUACUGGGUCUGCAAAGUUAGAACAUGGUACUACACAUUCAAUUGUUGUCACACAUCCGGCGGAUUUAGGAGGAAAAAUUCGAAAAGUCAUUGUGAAUUGGGAAUACGACAUGAAUGUGCUUGAACCACGCUCGUUAUGUUUGUUUUGGUGUAAUGACCAUCUUUACGUAAAAAGUAUUCUUGUCGAUGAAAUGGAAAUGCCUUCACGAGGAAAACGCGAUACCGAUUAUUCAACACGAUUAUGUGCACCAGGAAAACGAGAUUAUGCCGAUAUACCGAACAGGGGAAAGGCAUCUUUUUAUGACUGCAAUUACCUGUGAUGUGAUUAUAAAUGCUCACCGUUAAUGAUAUAUUUAAUUUUGUUUGUAUAUUUGUUUAUUUUUGUGAAUCAGUAUUUUGAUUUUAGAUAUUUUCUAAAUAACUACUGUCUAUGAAAAAAAAUUGAGAUUAAAAAUGCCUCAUUUAUUGCCUUUAAUUAUAAAUUUAUAUAAUUAUAAUAUUUUAUGUUAAGGCCGUGGAUAAAGAAACGAAUUCGAAAGGCUCGAGACAGAGAUAUUUCGCAACUAUACUUAUCGUUUGGACAAAUUACGCCACUCCCCCCCCCCCCUAAAAUACUUUGUUAGUUGCUCAAAGCUUCUAAAUCCCUGGUAACAUUUGAAAGCAUUUGAACAUACUAAUUCGUUUCUUUAUCCACGGCCUUACAUUACUUGAAACCUGCAUUGUAAAAUGAAUAUGUUUUAUAAUUUAAAAUUGUAAAAAAACAAAAAUUUUUUUAUUUGUACGUUAAUUGUCAAAAAGAAAUUGCUAUAGAUUAGUAUUUGUUUAAUUUGUUUCUCGUUGAAUAGGUUUAGGUAUUAGAUAUUAUUAAAAAGUCGUCAAAUUAAGGUCUUCAGUACUGACAUUAAAUUGAUUUUCAAUUUAAAAUUCUUUAAAUUCCAUUUUAAUUCACACAUUAUACGUUAAAUUAUCUAUGAACUGUGCUAUGAACAUACAUUUUAGUAUUGACCUUGCUUAUAUGCGAUUGAAGAAUACAUUAAAAUAUUUGUUUGAAUCCAUUUAAUUUUCCGAUAUUUUACAACCGCCAAAAAGAAUAAUAAAUUGUCAAUUGCACACUAUACUGGAUUAAAUACGCACGAUGUGAAUAUUUUGCCACUCGAAUGUGUAAAAGACAGACAAUCCGCACUACACAUUGUCUCUUUCUACAUGAUUUUCAGUGAAAUCACUAUUUGUCGCACGGAAAACAUUGUCGAAAUAGAGUACUUAUCAGUGAAAGAAAAGUGUUUAACAAAACGAAGUUAAAAAUUGCUUUAUAUAAAUUCAAUCGCAAAGAAAAUAUUUGGCAGAUAAUGAAUCUUUAUUUAAAGAUGAUAGAAAUCAAUAUCAGCUACCCUCUUCUCAAACGAUCCUACUGAUUAAGGACUUAAUAAAAUUUGACACUUUAAUCCAACAUGUCACUAUUUUACAAAGAUAAAGUUUAUUGUAAGUUUUUUAAAAUCAAGUUUACUUAUAGUCAGAACCCACGAUUUAUUAGUUUAGUAACUCAAUUUUCCAUGGAAGUAUGACUUCGUAAACUGAAAAAAAUUUCUUAAAAAUUUUAGCAAAAAAGUUAUUUAAUAUACAUA